AUGUGUGUGUACUAUAAAAGAAAGGAUGACUCGUUUGGUCCUUCUUUAAGUCUUCACUUUCAGUUCUCAACGAUCCUAAUGAAACUGCCGAUUAUUUUGUUUGGCCUAGUCUUUAUCAUCUUGUUCUGCACCGUCACUGCACAGGUGCAAUAUCAAAACACGAGUUCUGCUCUUUACAACACGAACGUCAAUUUAACGACUGUAUACAUCUCAGAUUUACAAGGACGCCACCGUAAUGUUUCUUACUAUACUGUGGGUAAGCUUGCCAUUGUAGACGGAGAUAUUGUCUAUGGCAUCGAAGCGCUAUUACUGAGCCGCCGGGUGACAGCAACAAUAUUAGAGCGCCAUGCUCUUCACAAGCGCGUUCAUUCCAUCUUCCACGAUUCGCCCAAAAAAUGGCCUGGCGCCAAGGUAGUCUACUAUUACCAGUCGCUUUCAGUGAAAAGGAAAGUCCAAGCUUACGUUGAUGAAGCAAAGAUGCGAUGGAAAAAAAAGAAUCCAUUCCUCCAAUUUGAGGAGCGCCCUGUUUGCGACGAACCAGUAGCUGGUCAGUUAAUGAUUACUUCUAUCGACUGUGCAGGUUGCUAUGCAAAUCUCGGUUGGUCGUCGAGUUCAGAAUUAUAUAUGAACCUUCAGCAGCCAUCUGGCCUUUGCGGCAGAGGUUGUUAUUCGAACGAGGCAACCCACGAGUUUGGUCACGCCCUCGGUCUAUACCAUGAGCACCAGCGUCCCGACCGCGAUCGGCACCAAAUAUUCCAUUGUCCAAACCUUAUGGACCCCAAAUGCUGUAAUCCCGGUACAUGCUGUGAUUUCUCAUGCUUUUUCAGAAUUAUACCUAACCUUGACCACAGUGGGCCGUAUGGCAUGACUUCUCUUAUGCAAUAUCGUGCUAACGCAUUCGCAAGACCCGGGCUUAUCACACUUGAAAGCAUACCCUUCUCCGAAGAAGUUGUGCCUAACACCAACCCCGGCUUCCCUGAUCUACUAGAUAAUAUGCGCAUAUGCGAAAUCUACUUAAAGGAAUGUAAGUUGUCACCACCUUAG